AUGCAGUGGCUUUCUCUCAGGCUAGCCAUGCUGUCCAACCUUGUCUUCGCAGUUUGUUUGACUCUACUAGUCAGCCUUCCUGAAGGUUUAUUGAACCCAAGCAUUGCUGGACUUGCAGUGACUUAUGCAUUGAACCUCAACUAUCAGUUGAUGUCUAUGAUUUGGAACAUUAGCAGAAUAGAGAACAAAAUGAUAUCAGUAGAAAGAAUAUUGCAGUACUCAAGGAUACCUAGUGAGGCUCCUCUAAUAGUAGACUACUAUCGCCCACCAAAUAGCUGGUCACAAGAUGGAACUAUCAAUAUAAGAUGCUUGGAGGUGCGAUAUGCAGAGCAUCUCCCAUCUAUUUUAAGGAACAUAUCAUGUAUAAUUCCAGGAAGGAAGAAGGUGGGGAUUGUAGGACGUACUGGUAGUGGAAAGUCAACUUUUAUCCAAGCACUUUUCCGGAUCGUUGAACCACGGGAAGGGACAAUCAAAAUCGACGAUAUUGACAUUUGCAAAAUUGGGCUGCAUGAUUUACGUGGCAGACUUAGCAUCAUUCCACAGGAUCCAACUAUGUUUGAGGGAACAGUGAGAGGGAACCUUGAUCCACUAAACGAGUACUCUGAUCAACGUGUGUGGGAGGUAUUGGACCAAUGCCAGCUUGGUGAUAUAGUUCGGCAAAGCCCAAAGAAGCUGUAUUCAACAGGCAAUUUACCCUUUCUGGUGCAGUGGCUAAAUGUGAAGUAG